CUGAAGAACUACUACUCCCAUAAACCUUUGCGGCAGUCCGUCUUGGGCUGCCGGAUGACGUCACUUCCUCCGGUCCGCUAAGAUGGCGCCGUCCGAAAGGGCGCGUGGGGAAGGCGUCGAGCCGGCUGCGCCCCUCGGCUAUGCGGCUAUUCCAGUUAAGUUCUCUGAAGAGCAUCAUUUCCCUCACUACCUCUAUGUAAAGGAGCACAAAGUCAGGGAGGACACAGAUGUGAAGAGGCCUCAAAACCGCACACUUUUUGUCUUGAAUGUUCCCUCAUAUUGUACAAAGGAAUGUUUGUCCAGGCUGUUCUCGAGCUGCGGUUCUGUACGCUCCGUGGAGAUGUGUGACAAGCCAAGUCUGGGAGAAAAGAAAGAAAUGCCCAAGACGAAGUUUUUCAACACAGAAGCACUUCAGGGGUUCAAGGUUGCUUAUGUUGUGUUCAAGAGUCCUGCUGGGGUGCAGGCUGCAAAGUCCUUAUCAACAAAAGACCCCCUGGUGAUAUCUUCCAAAAGGCACCCUGUGCAAACGGGCAUUCACAAAUGGAUUGCUAGAUAUGCAGCUUCAGUUGUGGAUCCUGCUGAGCUGAAGACAGAAGUGGAUGCUUUCAUGCAGGCCUAUGACAAGAAGGUUGCAAAGGAAGAAGCCAAAGCUGAGAAGGAAGAUGGCAUCCCGGAUGAGGAAGGGUGGGUGAAGGUGACAAGGAAAGGUCGAAGGCCUGGGCUCCCUCGGACUGAAGCAGCCAACUUGCGGGCGCUGGAGAGGGAGAAGCGCAAAAGGGCACGCAAGGAGCUGCUCAAUUUCUAUGCUUGGCAGCAUCGUGAGACCAAGAGGGAACACAUAGCUCAACUGAGGAGGAAGUUUGAAGAGGACAAGCAGAAAAUUGCUCUCCUACGGGCGCAGCGGAAGUUUCGGCCCUACUGAGUUUCAGAUCUACAGCUAUUCUGAAAAGAACGGCAGCCACAAAUAUCUUCUGGAGAAGAACAGGCUAAGGAGUAAACCCUGCACAAAUCCAGAAUGGAGUCCUUAAGACAGCUGGAUGGCGCCCUGUACACCUCCUUCCGGCAACUACUGCAGCCAAGCUGGAGGACCACAUCAGAGAGCCGAGAAGGGGGACAUCAUCUGGGCAGCCCAGAGCCUCCAUACACCGCCCAGGGUUGUGCCACGGGAAGGUCACUUAAGUGCUGUUAACGCAGCCGUUUGACUUCACCCCGGAGGUGCACUCCAUUGUCCCUCAAGACAGACGGAUGCCAACAACAAACUAGAUUGGCUAAGCAUGUGGCUAAGCUGGUAUUUAGCACAACCUCAAUAUAUUUUCAUGAUUUUUAAAGGAGUGAUGCUCCGCGGACCCAGAUGGAAGUAGGCCUACUGAAAAUAAUAGGACUUCAUUGGAAGUAAACAUGCGUAAGACUGCACUGCACUUGGAAUACUACUCUGCAACUACUCUGUAGUUUAGGCACUACAGGAGUGCUGUGAGGAGGACUGAUUCAGUCUUAUGCUUGGGGCUGAUCAGUGAAGCAAUCCAUUUUUCUUCAUUCUCUGCCCCUGCCUCUCUUUUUCUCUCAGGCAGAUCUACUAGGCACUGGUUACAUCUGUGUGUCACUUACCUGAUCAUCAGUAUAUCAGCCUCAAUUUUCUUCAGGAUGUGGCAGCAUUGAUCCAGAGAUACAAAACUGUGGUUCUGCUACAUAUGAUAUAAAAUGACAAAUAAGGAACAUAA